CGACAUACUUGGUCGUCUUUGUGGAUCUAAAAUUCCAAAAUAAUCGUCCUCAUUAUUAAUUCUACAAUAACUUGUUUUAUACACAAUGAUUAAAUAAGUAAAGUUGUGUUUUAUGUGUUUGUUUCCAACACGAUGUUGUUGUUGUGGCACCAAUGUAAUGAUUAAACGCCGUUUUAUCACCGUAUGGUAUUUUUCUGUGGUAUGGACGUAUGGUGGAUGUUUAGUGUUUACACUAUAAAGACAUACAAUACUGACAUACGGUUGUUGUAGUUCAUUUUUUCAUACCAAGCUUGGAAGCUGAAAGUACCUUAAGAAUAAAGAUCCAAUGUCCUAAAGGCAAGUUUUGAACCAUCGAUCUGCCCAAUCUGGGAAUCAAAAUUCAGUAAUCUAAACAUUCCUCAGAACAUUGUUGUCGCUUUUUCGAAUUUUCGUGAGAUUUUGUAAUUAAAUUACAAAAAUGGAUUACCAAAAUCGUCCUGGCGGUAAAACUGGCGGUGGUGGUGUUGCAUCAUGGACAGAGACUAAUAAGGAUAGACGUGAACGUCUUAGGCAAUUGGCUUUGGAAACUAUUGAUCUACAAAAAGAUCCUUAUUUUAUGAAAAAUCAUUUAGGAUCCUAUGAAUGUAAACUUUGUUUGACUCUACAUAAUAACGAGGGAAGUUAUUUGGCCCAUACACAAGGUAAAAAGCAUCAAGCAAAUUUAGCACGACGAGCAGCUAAAGAAGCUAAAGAUGCUCCACAACAACCAGCUCCUGAAAAACCAAGGGUAGAAACUAAAAAGUUUGUUAAGAUUGGAAGACCUGGAUAUCGAGUUACAAAACAAAAGGACCCAGAAACAGGCCAACAAAGUUUACUUUUUCAAAUUGAUUAUCCUGAAAUUACCGAUAAUGUACGACCACGUCAUCGUUUUAUGUCUGCAUAUGAGCAAAGAAUUGAGCCACCAGACAGGAAAUGGCAAUAUUUGUUGUUUGCUGCAGAACCUUAUGAAACAAUUUCUUUUAAAGUACCAAGUCGUGAAGUGGAUAAAUCUGAAAUGAAAUUUUGGGCUCAUUGGAAUACCCAAGCAAAACAAUUUUAUUUACAAUUUGCAUACAAAGUUGAGCAAAUGAAACCACCACCUCCGAUGAAACCUCCUCCACCAUCUUUACCGCCCCCWCCACAACACAACAUGAUGCAUCAACCUGGUUCGAAUAUGAUGUCUCAUAUGUUUCCUCCUCCGCCUAUGUAUAAUCCUGGACCACCUCAAAUGAUGAAUAAUAUGAUACCUCCACCGCCUCAAUUGAUGGGUUAAUAACCUUAUAGAAGUAAAAAAUCAUACUGUAAUAAUUUUAAAUAUUUUUUUUAGUCUAAAGACUAAAUAUUUUUCUUUACUACAGAACUGUUAAUACCUUAAUAAAAUUAA